UUUAUUUUCCUCCAGUGCACACUUCGAGCUUUCUUUUAUUAUCGUUUUUAAAAUAAACAAGCAGCGCUUGGUUACAGUUAUAAAAACGCGGGCUAGGUGUUCGGAGCGCUCCAAACAACUCCAAAUUCCCUAGAAGAACCAUUGAGGCGUAUAUCUAUAUUUACAGUCAUACAGAUAUACACCUGAUACACCUCUUGAUCAUCAUUACCAACCCAGAGACUAGUACGGGCACUAAGGGCAGUUGGGCAAAAAGAGAGUAGUAUAAGAUUAUUAGUUGAUGUUUAGAAGGUAGUAGAAGUAGGAAGCAAAAAGCGGAAGGAGAUGAAGGCCGAAGAGAAGUUGAUCUUCUCCAAGAUCGUGCAGCACCUGGCCAGGUCGCUAGCUGCAAUCAAUGACACACCCUGGGAAAAGGUCAACUGGUUGUUCAAAAGAUGCCCACAAGAGAUGGGUGGUAUAUUCAGGCUGGACCAGAGAGGCCAAGAUGCCACUAUUGCACUUGGCAUUUAUUUUCUCGAGUCUGGGCUACAGCAUCGGGAAAAAAUUUUGCCCUAUUUGCUAAAGCUACUCCGAGGAUUGCCCAAAGCCAUGUGGCUGGACGAAAAUCCAUGCGUACCCCUUGGCAAGAUACCAGUUGCGGAGCGUUUUAGUUUUUGUUUGAAUACUCUACUGACUGACAUUGCUGCGAGAUGUGAGCCAGUCAGGGAGGAGAUUAUUGCCUCCCAGGUGGAGAUUCUUGCUGCUCUGACCAAUCUGAUCAAAGGCAGCAUUGAUCAGAGCAAUGGUAGAGCUAUGCAAGUGAAACUCACAUUGUGCAAGUGUUUGGUUCCAAUACUAAUUGGAUUGGCAAGAUCUAUGGGUAGGUUUGCCUAUGAGGGUCAGCCACUGCUGUGCAGGAUAUUUCCUAGACCGGAGCCACCAAUACCAGAAUGCAAGACGGAUUGCCAUCCUUUGCCCGAGAAGAAGCGUCACGCGUUUUCAAACUUUCGGUCGAUUAUUCCGCGUUCGUUGAGUAGUGACUUGAAUCCCAGAUUAAACACAAGUAACAAUCAGCCUGGUUUUAUUCCCACUCACGAAGCAUCUGUUACGAAAAGGCCACUGUUAAAGUCAUACCUAUCCGUGCCGUACGAUCCUACAGAAUAUUUUUUCAAUCGCUACGGGUCUAGUUUUAAUCAGUUUCCUCAAAUGAGGUGCAAUGAGACUACAGGCAGAGCAGGCUUGCAGUUUAGCGUGGUGCAUUUGCAAAGUGUUCUUUCACUCGCAAAAAAGUUACUUACUAAGGAAACCUUGACUUUUCUAGAUGAGGAGGCUCAACAGGUUUAUUUGUCGAGACAAGUACAAAUUUUUCCAUAUCGUACCUUUAGCGAAACCAUGAACUUAGUGAUGGUAGCUCUCCUGCGCGAGCUUCUUCAAGGUCAGCGUGACCUGCCGGCUCCAUUUACGCGAGACGUGCAGGAAUUCAUGAAGGGUUUAUUUUUGUCUGGUCAAACUGAACUACAGUCGAGGCAGCAACAUUAUGCUAGCGAGAGAGAAGAUACGGACACGGAUCACAAAACUGUCAACAGAUUUAAAAUGAACGUUAUGGCGAAUUCCGCUUGCGUGGAUAUUUUAGUUUGGGCUAUUGGUGAUGAAACUGGAGCCGAUAGCUUAUGCAGUCGAUUGACGGAAAAGAUAUACUCGAACUACAGUCACAAAUUGGUUCUGGCACACAUGCCCCUUCUAAUGGUCUGCCUCGAUGGUCUCGGAAAGCUUGCUCAGAAAUUCCCCAACAUCGCCACUACCUCGAUUUACAAUCUUCGUGACUUUCUGGUGACGCCAUCGCCCAUACUUUUGAAACUUCACAAACAAUGCUACGAACAAUCGCGGAAUCAUUUCAAAGUCACGGUAAAGGACGUUGAAGUGGGAUCCUCGAGGGAGAGAUCGACACCCAUGGAAAUGGCAUUCGAGACUCUGAGAGAUGCAGCAAUCAGAAAUCUCUGCAUAGCUUUAGAGGCUGCGUACUCUGUGGAUUCGGACUGCGUGCCCGCGCUGGUUGCGAGCGUAUCAAAUAGAUUGUUUACCGCAGAGAAAAACGACAGGGCGCAAGAUGAUUUGAGCGAGAACGAAGAGAAACUGACGAGCGAUCUCAUUUCCACCAAUAUUGUUAUUAUGAUGGGUCACGUGGCAGUGGCCUUGAAAAAUAAACCAAAGUCAACUCGACCAAUACUACAGUUUUUCCAGCAAAGAUUUUGUCACUCGCCCGGUCGUCCGGAUUUAGAUACUCUCAUAGUCGAUCAGCUUGGCUGCAUGGUCAUAGCUAAAUGUGAAGCAAAGGUGCACGAAGAAAUAAUGAAAAUGUUUGCUCUCACUUUAGCUUCGAAUGACGAUCGCAAGCAAUAUCGUCACGUCUGCGGUGCAGUGACAAAUGCUUUGGCCAACAUAGCAGCUAAUCUCGAAGGUGAAACUGAACUGAACAACCUGCUGCUCAGGCUCCUUGAGCUUUUCGUUCAAAUUGGCCUCGAAGAUAAACGAACAUCCGACAAAACUAAUAACAACAUAGCAACGCGGUCGAGAAGCAACGCUGGCAACCUCGGUGUUUUGAUACCCAUACUGGCGAUCUUACUGCGCCGGCUACCACCAAUCACCAACCCACGGCAUCGCGUUUUCAAAUUAUUCAAAGACUUUUGGUUAUACUGCGUGAUACUUGGUUUCGCGGAUCCAAAUCCAAGGACGCGACUCUGGCCAGCAGACUGGCACGAGGCUGUCAAAGAAAUCGCCGUCAAGUCGCCCUACCUCGUAUCUCACAGUUCGCGUAUCGAGAUGCGUGAGCUUCAGUACACAUCGGUCGUGCGCAACGACGGCAUAUCAAUAAACGAAGUGCAAGAGCUCAGGAGUCAAAUUCUCAAAUUGAACAACAGAUCCAGCGAAAUAACGACGUACGUGUCGAAGUUGCAGUUUGCUCAGUGCACGUACUUGCUUUCCGUUUACUGGUUGGAGACGCUACGAGUGGCAAACAGCCCGGAACCGAGUCUCCAGCCGAUUAUGGAGUAUUUGAGCGAUGCGGAAAUACAGAAGGAUAAAAACGGCAUGUGGCAGUGCAUUUGCAGCGUCGGUGAUUCGGUCUUUGCUAAAUUCAAGGACGUGAUGCAGCGAAAGCCUAAGAACGAGCAGCGCGAACGCGAGCUCGAAAGUCACGCGAUGUUUCUACUCGUCAACUUCAAUAACGUGCACAAGCAAAUCAGACGAGUUGCUGACAAGUACCUGAGUGCGCUGGUGGACGCGUUUCCGCACCUCUUGUGGAACUGUAGGGUCCUCUGGUACAUGCUCGAUAUUCUGCAGGCGCUGUCGUUUUCAUUGGAUCUCGAUCCUAACGAAGAAACACCCGUGAUUAAGGUUGCUGGCAUGCCUUUUGGUAUUCAAUUGAUGGAGAGCCUCGAUGCUAGAGAGAGUAUCGUCAAAGACUUUACGCUGCGUUGCAAAGGCAUCGUCCAAGAGGCAAUGAAGUGGGCUCCGCAAGCUACGAGAUCGCAUCUUCAGGAGUACAUAAAACACCUGCAAUCCUCAGAGGAAGCAUACCACGCGAGCCUCGCUCUCGACACAGAUUCAGUCCUUGAGCUUGUAGACCUCACUGGACCAAGCUCUACCGUUGGUCCAUCAACUGGUAACUCACUUGACAAACGAUUAAAAGCCAAGGGCCAUUUGUUGUCAAUGAUGACGACUCGCUCGUGGUAUGCCGGCGAGGUAGCCGGAAUGCUGAAUCUCGUAAAAAGCGAAUCUUCCAUCAAGGAUCAGCAACGCAGUGAUGAAGAAAACGCGAAUACUUUGGUUAACCGAUUGAUGGACGAGCUCUGGCGUGCCUGCCGUAACAAGGACGAGAAUGAGCACCGAAGCGCUCUGUGGCGGGCCACGGCUCUACUCAUAUCGAUACCGGGUAUCCAUAGACGGCUGUUGCACACGGUCGCCUGGUCCCAAGUCGAGCUCUUCUCCAAGUCAGCGAUGACUGCCGCUGUGGAGUGCUGGCAGUGGAUCCUGACCGCACGAUCGGACCUGAAACUUCGUUUCUUGCAAGAGAUGCUCGCGGCGUGGCAGUACACCGUUGACAAGCGAUUGGGACUUUUCUCGGUGGACGAGGAACAAGUUAGUCCCCUGGCGGUGUACGAAGGAUGCCAGCUAGGGCCUAAACCGCCUAUGAUCAAGCCACACGAAAUCUGGGUAUCGUUCAUCAUUGAGAUCGUCGACACGGCGAAAUAUUGCUGCCAAGAGAGCGUGGAGAUGGUCGCUCUUUUAUUACACCGCUCGUUACCCAUGAACGUUGGUGCUAACAACGAAGAGCCUCAGCUAAGCCGCCACGUGGCUGCCGUGGGCGCGCGUUUCAAACUUCUCUCCCUGGGUCUAUUGCUGCUGCAGGGGGACACACUACCCAGAUCGUUGAGUAAAAAUGUGCUGCGCGAACGCGUCUACUGCAACUGCCUUGAUUAUUUCUGUCGCGAGAGGCAAACGCCUACUCAAGAGUUGGAUCAGCUAAGGGAGAACAUCGGCACGUUGAUCAGGUUCUGGCAGGCCAUGCACAGCGAGAAAAAGUACUUGAUGAUGACGAGCGGCGAGGCCGAGCUUGAGCUCGUCAGCCACGAAUCACUCGGCUCAUCCGGUACAGCAACUGGUAACGAGCUCGCGAAAUCUCCUGCAUCCAGUUGGAUCAACACGUUACCUCUGUCGGCAAGUAAUAACACGCUGAGUAAACGGAGUAAUCGCAGCAAGAGGCUGGCCACGUCGACAGUCUACGUCAAGGAUUACAUUAGAAAGCGUAACCUUAUUCUCGAGCUCCUGGCCGUCGAAAUCGAAAUGCUACUCGUGUGGGCGAAUCCGGGAGGUAGGCAGGACCUCGCAGUUCCCGGUGAACAAAGUAUAGCAGAAUGGCGAGCGAAAUCUAUGAACGACCGUUGGCGCGAUUACACACGACUCGCUUGGGAAAUCAGUCCAGUGCUGGCAGUUUUUCUUCCGGUGCGACUCAAGAAUUCUGACAUUAUUAUUCGCGAGGUCUGUCGACUCGUGCAGCUCAAUCCUGUGCCGGUGCUACACGUAAGCGAGGCCUUGCAGUAUCUUGUCACCACCGAGACCUUGCUCAACGACGCACCAAAGUUGGUCUACAUGUUGACAUGGGCGAGAUGCUCGCCAAUCCAGGCCUUGGCUUACUUUUCGAGACAGUUUCCGCACCAUCCGAUUUCCGCGCAGUUUGCUGUCAACGUAUUGGAGAGCUACCCCGCGGAUGCUGUGCUAUUUUACAUACCUCAGCUCGUGCAAGCGGUCCGUCACGACUCGAUGGGCUACGUUACGGAAUUCAUAAAAGCGAUAGCUAAGCGAUCGCAGGUCGUGGCACACCAAUUAAUCUGGAACAUGCACACGAACAUGUACAUGGACGAGGACAAGCAGGUGAAGGAUCCGAAUUUAUUUGAUACAUUGGAUGCUCUGGUGAAGAACAUAUUAAGUGCACUGUCUGGGCCAGCUAAGCAAUUCUAUGAACGAGAAUUCGACUUCUUCGAGAAGAUAACGAGUAUAUCUGGCGAAAUCAGACCGUAUCCCAAAGGACCCGAACGUAAACAGGCUUGUUUGGAUGCAUUGCGCAAGAUAAAGGUACAGCCUGGCUGUUAUCUGCCUUCGAAUCCUGAAGCUAUGGUUAUCGACAUCGAUUACAACAGUGGUACGCCCAUGCAGAGCGCUGCAAAAGCACCGUUCCUAGCAAGAUUUAAGGUUCAGCGAUACGGUAUCAAGGAGCUAGAAAAUAUUGCUAUGGCUGUGUCGGCAAACGGAAACGCUGAGGUCAACAAUGCUGGGGAAGAGACCUGGCAGGCGGCCAUCUUCAAAGUUGGGGAUGACGUGCGUCAGGAUAUGCUAGCUUUGCAAGUUAUCAGUAUUUUCAAGCACGUAUUCCAGCAAGUCGGUCUUACCCUGUUUCUGUUUCCGUACAGAGUCGUCGCCACUGCUCCUGGAUGUGGUGUGAUAGAGUGUGUACCGAAUGCCAAAUCACGCGACCAGCUCGGCCGUCAGACCGAUUACGGCAUGUACGAGUACUUCCUGUCCGUUUACGGCGACACGACGAACAAGAGUUUCCAAAAAGUUAGGCGCAAUUUUGUCAAAUCGAUGGCGGCUUACAGCGUCAUAACGUACCUUCUUCAGAUCAAAGACAGGCAUAACGGAAAUAUCAUGAUAGACGAGGAAGGCCACAUAAUACACAUUGAUUUUGGUUUCAUGUUUGAAAGCUCGCCAGGUGGUAAUUUGGGCUUUGAACCCGAUAUCAAGCUCACCGACGAAAUGGUACUAGUCAUGGGUGGAAAAAUGGAAGCUGCGCCCUUCAAGUGGUUCAUGGAGCUGUGUGUACAGGCUUUCCUUGCAAUAAGGCCAUACCAGGAAGCCAUCAUAUCCUUAGUAUCUCUGAUGCUGGAUACAGGUCUUCCUUGUUUCCGCGGACAAACAAUCAAACUUUUACGGAGUCGAUUCGCGCCUAUGGCCACUGACCGCGAGGCCGCAAUUUUUAUGUCGAAUGUCGUUAGGAACAGUUGCCUUAACUUCCGCACGAAGACGUACGACAUUAUACAGUAUUAUCAAAAUCAGAUUCCUUAUUGAAAAUAUAAAGCUCUGGACGCGGAGUUUUGCUUGUUACUGAACCAUAAACACAUACGAUUAUUUUUCUCGGCUGCGAGAAGCCAAUCGACGGAGAUGUUGUUAAUGUGAGAUAUAAUAUAUUAUUGACGGAGCUGUUGAAGAUGUUACAGUUAUUAUUUUUCUUCUUCGUUAUAGUUUCUAAGUGUUGGUGUGCUUUGGAUGGAACAAAAAAGUCGGCAGCAUUUAUCUUUGUAAAUGUAAGAUACUGUACAUGUAGUUGAAAAAAAAAAAAAAAAA